AUGGCAGAAUCACCAAACACUAAAAGUCCUACAGGCCGUCUGAGAGUCGGCAAGAUCGGUACUUCAAACCUUGUUAAUCAAGAAACCAUUAUGAAAAGUCUGGCAGUUUCCCUAGCUUCUAGAGUUUCAGGAUCAAUCUAAGAAUCUUUUAUCAAUUAGAAGAACUCACCUGAGCUAUUUCAAGGGAGUUACUCUGAAAGAAUAUCGAAUUUGCAAACUAAAAUCAAUUCUCAAAUUACUGACUUAGACAACAGGCUAGAUUCCAUCCUAGAAAAGCAUGAAAAAGAUUUUCUGACUGCUUAUAGGUAUCAUAUGUUGAAAGUACAAAAAGAACUUGUAACAAUGAAACAAAAGGCUAAUGAGAAUGAGUUAAAGACUCAAUAAGAAUCUAGAAUAAAUGAUCUUGAGAAGGAAACCAACAAAUACAGGUCCCUCUGUGUUCAAUUAAGGUAAAAGUGUGAUCAAUAAGAAAAGAGACUUGAACAGCUGAGAUAAUUUAUUGAUGAGCUAGAGGAUGAUAGAAAAUUCCUGGACUAUGAAAUCAGAGACUCGAGAUUAUAAAACAAGAUGCUCAAGAUAACUCUUUCUAAGUAGCAUAACCAGUGUGAAGAGAUAAACAUUCUAAAUCAAACUACUAGAGAAGAGAUUUCAGAGUUCAACAAUCUGCAUCUAAGUAACGUCAACAAAAGUCACUUUGUUCAAUAGAGAACCUAAAAUAUCCUUGAUAUCCAAGAUCAGCAGCAAUUGAUAUAGACUACUAGACAGUUCGAGAAAAGUAAGGAAAAUCAAUAGCAGCAUUAGAUGUCAAUGUUCUAGGAUAAGGCGACCACUGACAUGACAACAACUAGAAACUUUAAUCCAGGUCACAACAUCUCCUAUUAAACUCAGCAGUAAGCUCUGGAAUAGGUAAACUUUAAUGGAAGUCCCAAAAAGAAUCUAUUUCAAGAGGGAUCUGUAGUAGAAGAAGAAGACGAGGAAACAAUACAAUAAAAUUAAUAGACAAUCAAGCAGGUUAACUCGGGGAUUAUGCAAUCUACCAAUAAUAACAAUAACAAUAUGUUUACUACCUUUAUGAAUAAGCCUAACACCCACCUUGAUGCUUAAGAAACUCUUCAAGACUAGCAGACUAAUGAUGAGGGACUCAUGAACUUUUAAGAUCAAGACUCUCUAAACUAGGAAAAUCUUAUAAUGCAAAACAGUCUUUAGAAUGAUUAGUAGAAGAAGCUUAAAUACAUGUCAAGAAUUACACAUGGCUUUAAAGAGGGAGCAGGCCCAAGUGAUAUGAAAAAGACUUUCUUAUAUAAUGCCAAGUUCACUCAGUAAUUAUUUGACAUUAUUGAAGCUACAAACAAGGAUAACAAGCCUACUGCUUACAUGGUUGAAUAACUAUUCAAAGACAAUGCUCAAAGAAGGGAAGAUAUGAUACAAAAUCUGAGAGAUAAACUGGAGAGAUAAAAGUAAAUCAACUAAAUGAAGGAAAUACAAGUCAGAUAGUAAAAGCAGUUAGUUUCUUAGAAGAAGGAAUCUGAGAUAUUAGUAAAAACAUUUAAAAAUUGCAUUGAGGCUGUAAUUCUUGACAAAAAGGAUAGACUUAAUUUAAACAAUCUUACUAAAGAGGAUCUAUACUCCUCAGAUAAGAAGAGAACGCUAGAACUAUUCGUGGAAAACGAUAAUACUCUGAGUCAUCUUUUGGAAUUUAUUUCAGGUAAACUCAUAGACUAAGAUCACUCUGCACCAUAAUCAGAGACCUCUUCUUAAAAAGAAUCACAGUAGUCAAACUAAAACAGAAGACCACAUUACAUACUAAAUAAUAUGAAUUAAAAGAGAAACAUAGCUAAUUCUCAACUUUCAGGUACCGGAGAAAUUAAAGGCUAAGAUGUAAAUAAAAAUCUAAACAAUAUACAGCAGAAUUAGUCAACGAUUAAUCACUAUAACUUGCAUAUUCCUGUGAAAUCAUUUUCUACUGAACUAUAGUCUUCACUGUAUUAUUCUUAGCACCAACAUAAUAGACUCAAAUAAAUGAAUAUAAGCCAGCCUACAGAGUAUGAUGGGGAGUAUCAAGCAAUUGCUUCUAAAAAUAUUGAUCCGUUAAUGAUGACUAGUAGUUAAAGGGAUUCCACAAAUAGAAAUUAAUUGAUGGAUCAGACUCAUAAUAUAACAUCAAGGGCUACUUUAAGAUUGGCUGGUUAAGCAUCCAUUAGUAAAAGUUCUAAUAGGUCAGUUACUUCUUCCUAAAAAAUAAUGUGA